UGUGCGAUCCAUCCGGGUCUUUGUUGGUUGACAGAGCAGUAGGGAAGAUGGCGUCGUCAGGGAAGAGUGCUUUAUUAUCCUCUAACAACAGUGGACUAAACAGCACAAGCGAACAAUCAAACGCCGAAGACGAAGAUGGACAUGAUUUAUGGUCUGCUAUUCUGAGCGAAGUAUCGACGCACUCUAGAUCUAAACUACCGGCCGGGAAAAAUGUGCUGGUCAUGGGGGAAGUGGGCUCGGGGAAGACCACCUUGGUUGCUAAGCUACAGGGUGUUGAGGACUUCCUGAAGGGGCGAGGCUUAGAAUACCUCUACUUUAGUGUCCAUGAUGACGACAUUGACGACCAGACCAGGUGUAAUGCCUGGCUGUUAGAUGGAGACCUGUACCAUAAAGGUCUACAAUCAGUCGCCGUUCAACGAGAGGCGCUAGGAGACUCGUUGCUAUUAAUUACCGUGGACAUGUCACGGCCGUGGGUGGCCAUGGAAUCGCUACAGAAGUGGGCAGCGGUUGCUAGGGAACAUGUCGACAAGCUCCGGGUUCCCCCAGAAACCCUGAGGGAGUUGGAGAACAGACUGGUAAGGCAGUUCCAGGAAUACGUAGAGCCGGGCGGGGAGGAGAGCGCCUCCCAGAGGAGGAGUGAAGAGGAGGAGAAUGUUCUUCUGCCGCUGGGAGAAAACACGUUAACACACAACCUGGGACUGCCCAUGGUGGUGGUCUGCACUAAGUGUGAUGCCAUCAGUGCGUUGGAGAAGGAGCAUGACUACAAAGACGAACACCUGGACUUUAUCCAAUCAUACAUCAGACGCUUCUGUCUACAGUACGGGGCUUCUCUGCUGUAUACGUCUGUUAAAGAGAUGAAGAACAUGGAUGUUCUGUAUAAAUACCUGGUUCACAGGCUCUACGGUUUCCCCUUCCAUUGCCCUGCUCAGCUUGUGGAGAGGGACACCAUCUUCAUUCCAUCAGGGUGGGACAAUGAGAAGAAGAUUUCUAUCCUCCAUGAGAACUUGCAGACACUGAAACCAGACGACAACUUUGAAGAGGUCAUUGCCAAACCGCCUGUCAGAAAGUUUGUUCAUGAGAAGGAGAUUCAGGCUGAAGAUGAUCAGGUGUUUCUUCUCAAGCUACAGUCGAUGCUCUCCAAACAGCCUCCUGCGUCUGCAGGGCGACCAGGGGAGUCCAGCAGUAUCAGACCUCCCAGCGGCUCUCCCAGGACCAGCAAUCGUUCCGCUGCCGCCAAUGUAGCCAGCGCCAUUCCCCAAUCAGCAGGCCAGACCAGUGAAGGGGUGCUGGCUAACUUCUUCAACAGUCUUCUGACUAAGAAGGCCGGUGCCACGGCGCCGGGCAACAACACACCAGGGUCUGUUCGAAAGUCCGGUUCAAAGCUGGGUCUGAGUGAUGUCCAGGCGGAGUUGGACAGAAUCAGCAGUAGAGAUCUGGAUGAGACCAACAAUGGAAACACUAAUCACCCUAACCCUAGUCCUGAGACCCACGAAGAACAGACAUGAACAGACCUAUCUGUACCCCCCCCCCCCCCCCCACCAAACAGAACAG